CAGAAGAGGAUCAGCUUCGAUUUUCUUAUUAGCAUUACUAGCCCUCAGUCGAUGUUUACGUAUUAUUCGAAUAUGAUCUUUUUAUUUCUUGUGUACUCGAACGAUUAAAAAAUACUUAAUAUCGAUGGAAAAUUCGUGAUUCAACUUUUAUUGAAAUCAGAUCAGAUUUAUUACUUUUUUUUAAAUGUGCAAAAUUAUCUUCCAAUUUAAAUCCAAAAUGAGAGAAAUAUCAUGCCACAUUUUUUUGAUAUUUUUCUGGAUAAAUUUGCAAUUUCCAUUGGUUCAUACGUAUGAAGAAAAUUGUGAUUUGUAUCAAACAAAGUUAAACACGAGCACGUUGUGCAAGCAACAUGAUCAUCGUUUGGUUUGUUUUCACGGUCUCGAGGAUAAAUGGAAGAACGGAGGUCAAAACGUACGAACAUUGGUGUUCUGCUAUUGGCCCCUGCCAAUUUUCGAUCCUCAGGAUGUUCUACAGGGAUUUUCUUCUUUAAAAAAGCUUGAAAUCAAAAAAGGAAAUUUAACGACAUUAAUUUCAUCAUUUCCAAAUGAAUCUCGAUUGAUUGAGAAAAUAGAAAUAACCGGGACUAAAUUAAAGGAAGUUCCAGAGAAUGCAUUUGCCAAUCUUUCGAACUUGAAGAUCCUUGAUUUUCGAAAUAACAGUUUUCCAGAACUCAACGUUGAAACUUUUAAUAUUCCUUCUUUACAUCACAUUUAUCUCUCUGGUAAUCCUUUAAAAUGUACGGAGGAUACGAAGUGGAUAUUGAGCAGAGAAAAGGGCUCUUUGGGACACAAAAUAGCUGAUAAGGAAUAUUUGCGUUGCACGGUUCCGUACGAUGGCAGAGCAUUGAUCCCAGUUGUAGAAAUAAUCAAUACUUUGAAAGAGGAAUGUACAAAGACUGUAUGUGAAUGUGAAUUGGUAUAUGUGGUUGGUAAUGGAGGAAAGCACAUUUACAAGCAAUUAAUGGCUUUUGCUUCGGUAAAUUGUAGCCAUCGUGGAUUAACCGAGAUGCCAAGCUUUUUGCCCGCAAAUACUACCACUCUUCAUUUAUCUGGAAACAAGAUAAAGGAUUUGAGGCCACUUACAACGAAUCCUGUGUACAAGGGAGUGAUAGACCUGUAUUUGGAUGGUAAUAAAAUCGAAUCGAUCGUUCAAUUGGAGGGAUCUAGUUGGAUGGAUCAUUUUCGAUUGUUCAGUCUUCGUGGAAACAAACUAACGGAUCUGCCUACAUAUGCUCUAGAAAAUGUAUUACAACACAAUGGAAAUGCAGUAAGUUUGUAUCUUGGGAAAAAUCCAUGGACAUGCGACUGCCUUUUUACACCAGGUUUCCAGGAUCUUCUAAUUAGAUAUACAAAUCUAAUAAAAGAUAUUAACGAUAUAAGAUGUUCACCUGACAAUGGGGAUGAUAAUUCCGAUAGAAUUAUAAGAGAUUUGAAACGCAGUGAAAUUUGCGUUUCUUCCGAUGAAGAUUCUAUAAUCCAUCCCUUGGACAUCUUAAAUAUUAUUCUUGCAUUUCUGAUAUUUUUAAUCAUUGGAAAAUUACUUUACGACUAUUGGUCUUUCAAGAAAACCGGUCAAUUGCCUUGGAUCGUUACUAAGAUACCAUAA